UGAUCAAGCCCUGCCUCUUUCUCUCUCUCUCUCUCUUUCUCUGAGGAACACGAGGUGCCCACGUUAAUUCAAAUUCAAAAAAUUCCAUAAUAAUAAAUUAAUUAGCAAGCCAGCUUUCGUCUAAUCCAAAUCCUGAUAAAGCUCAGCUCAUUGGCAGAAACUGAUCAAUAAAUAAUGUCUUUGAUGUCAUUUGCCGCUACUGUGAUUAUAGAUUUAAAUUCAAAUUCUACAAAUGCUGUGAACUUAAGGGACCUUGGGUGUUAGUCAGCAGGACAAUUUCGUUUAUUGUCACACUGGCAAACAAUACAAUAGCAGACGCGUCAUUCGACGGAUCAAACAAUGGGUUUUUCCCAACAGACAAAAGUGAACAUUGGCUGCAUGGUUAUCUACAUGUGCAGAUUCUAAACGAGUCCUUGUAAUCCAGGGUUAAAAAACUAAGAGUUAUGAGUAUGAAUACAAACAUAAAAUAAAUAUCGAUUUUUAUUUAUAAAUGGCCUGCGCAAUUUAUUAAUAAACUGCGUGCUGAAUUAUAUCAAGAAUUUGUUGACAAUUAUUUUGACUUAUUGGGAUGGCCGCGAACUUUGAUGAAGAAUGACUUCGACCUCUGGGUGAGGAGAUUUGGGUUCUGUGUAAAAUGGAGAGAAAUUUUAUUGAUAAUUUUCACGAGUUGAAUAACAUGCGAAUGAAGAAUUUAAAAAAAACAAUGACUGGUGGACGCAAAUGAAUGGGAGGAACCGUUAUCUCGAAUCUUGUUUUUAUGACGUCACGAGGUUUCUUGGGUAUUCGCUAGCUGACGUCGUAUCUUCUUCGCGGGAAUACACGUCCGGUUUUUGGGUUUGCCAUAUCCCGGGAUUGAUGGUUUUUUGUAUCCUUGAUGUUAGAUAAAAAGUAGAGAAUAAUGAAAAUAAACUGAAUAGGAUACUCAUAGAUUUAAAAUUGUAAAUUAUAUUCUUAUUUACGGAAUUGAAGAAUUGCAGCUUUACAAUUUUAUGAAGAGUAGCCUGUAACUUUUUCUCAGUUGGGAAUAAUUCCACAUAACAUUAACCCAUUUUCAAGGCCUAUGGCUCUCCUGCUAAGACUCCAAAUCUUUCCUUGAUUGCUGUUAUCAUUUUUCUUGUGCAGAGGGUCGCCCUGAACACGUCUGAGCAGUUGUCGCCCUAUGACUUCAUAUUUUCGUCUCUGUACCCCGGCGAAUCCAGCGCAGAGUAAAUAAUGGAAUCAAAAAAUCAAAAGAUAUGUUUUCCAAAUCCAGUUUUUAAGGGAAUUGACCUUUCACCUUUAAAAUAUAAUAAUAACUUAUCCAUUAAUCAUAUUUAAACUAUUAUACAGAUGACGGAUGUCUUACAUGAGACAUCACCUAAUUUCCAGAUGAAAACAUGACUACGUUAAUAGUCGGAAUUGCCCUAAUGACUAAAUUACAUCCCCUGUAUUAAAUAAACGACCACAUUGUCAAAGUCACUGUAGAGUAUCAUGAGCAUGACUAACAGAGUUGCCUAAAAAAAUUUUUUUUCUCCGAAAAUUAAUUUACCAAAAUUUCUGUUCACAUUAUUAUAACUUCCACUUCAAUUUUUCGUCCAAAAUACCCCGGACUAGCUCAAUUUCUCAAUUUUCCCAAGUAUAUAAAUCUAAGCCAGUUGCCUGAUUUAAUUAAGAAAUGAUUUAAUUUAUAAAUAAAAUUUAAUGAAUCAUUCAAACAGUCGGCACCAUAAAAAAAUAAAUGCAAAUAAAUAUUUUUAUGCGUUUGAAUUGAUCUAAUUAAUGCUCCAAUAAAAUAGCGCAUGUAGUUAAGGUACUUGGUAUAUAAACGUCAGUAAAGCCCCUGGAAUUUAUUACGUGUCAGUUCAGUUGGCUGUUUCUCACCAUGAUGCUCUUCCAGUUGUUGCCAUUUUUUUUGGCUGCACAAGUGAGUGAUAAAGACGGGUGGAAAAAUGGACCCGAGUAUACGUUUUUAGGAGAAGUUAAAAUGAUAACAUCUUUGGACAGUGAUAAGGGACAAUAUCUCGGUACUGGUUUGUAUUCGAAAUUGAGGUGCCGUCCACGUGAGCCAGAUGUUCUGAGAUGCAAAUUGGAGGACACUAAAAUUACUCGGCUGGAUGUUCAGGGAGGAUUCAAUCCAGAAAAAGCUAAGCCGGCUGCCAAUGAAACCUUUCGUCCAUUCAAUGCCAUCUCUGUGCCGUUUGAAAUAAAAUUCAAUGACCGGGGAAUCGAGAGUUACAUUAUUGAGAAAAAUGAACCAUCUUUGCCGGACUACUGUGUCAACAUGGCGAGACUGAUUGCCAAUCAGCUGAGUAUUGGAGCGGAUCUUUCUGAUGAAAUGCGGUCGACCUACAGGUCAUUUGAAAACUUCACCGUUGGGGAGUGCGAUGUCGACUUCAAAGUCACGCGGCUGCCGAAUAAAGAUGGCGAGGCAAUUAAGGACAAUAAGUUUGAGUUGACACCUUUGGAUAAAUUGGGAAAGCUCACUAAUGAAAUUAUGGAAAUCGAGAAGGAGCGAAAUGUCAAAGAGUGUUUGAGAUGCGUCAGACCGUUCUUUGGUACCCGUUAUACUCUCGGACUUGUUUACAGAGAUGUUUUGAGUCUUAUUAAAUCAUCUGUUAGUAAAAUAGUCAUAUCGAAAAAUAAAUUCGUCAGCGAGACAAACAACGAAAAUGAUGUGUUCGACCAAGACCGCAGAAAAUUGGGCAAAGUCCUGGACCACAUGAAACUUACUCUCGAGUCUGUGUUGCCUGCCACAGAUCAGCUUGAGAAGUUCAGUAACCCGGUUGUCAAGGGAGUACUUCCUGAAAACUUGGAUGAUGAUCCCAGCCAAUAUUAAUCAUCUUCGAUGAAUUUUAUUUGAAUACGUCCUAUGAUUACCGCUUUGUAUUUAUAAUUUUUGAGAAAAAAAAUAAAUAAAUGA